GUUAUAACCAACCCGAACGUGUGUAAUUUGAAAAGGGAAACUCAGAUUACACAGUAGUUCGGUCUGUUUUACUACUCAUUCACAAUCUCUCACAAAAAAAUCCUUUUUAAUGGAGUUAUCCAAAAGAAGAAGAAAUCUUGGAGAUGCUUCAGGUGCUCCAACCUCAAUCCUGGAUAUUCCCUUUUGCAUAAUGGUCGAUAUCUUCUCAAGGCUCCCUGUAACCAUACUUUUGGCCUGCAAAUUUGCUUGCAAGGCCUGGUACUCAUACAUCUCCAAUCCUGAAUUCGGUAAACUCUACUUCAAGAAUCCGCCUUUUCUUAGUGUUGUGAUGUUUUCCAUUAAUUAUGAUUACAGUUUGGUUGACCUGAAAGCUGAUGAUCAUGAUAACAAUACCCUGAAUCCAAAUGCCCUUCGAAUUUUGCAAACAAAUGAACCAACCGGGAAUGAAACUGUGUUGGGUUCUUGUAAUGGGCUACUUUGCAUUUUGCAUCAUUCAUCAUGUUUUGGAGGUUAUAAAUUGUAUAUCUGGAAUCCAUUGACUGGGGAACGUGCUUUUCUUCCACCACCAAAUGUGGAAGAAAAUGUCAAAGCUGAUGCCUUUCUGUUUGGGUUCUGUGAGAAAACUAAUGAGUACAAAGUGCUUAGGAUUUUAACUAGGAAAUGGAAACGUGGGAAAACUGAAGUUAAGAUUUGCACAAUUGGUAGUGAUGAUAGUUGGAGGGUUCUAAAACAAAAUCUCCCUUUACCUCGAGGUCGAAAAUGGACAGACACAAUCUUCUUUGAUGAUACCCAAUUUUCUGAAGUGACCUUUAAAGGAUCCCUUCAUUGGAUAACUGAAGACAGUUUCAAUUGGGAUGAUGUUGUUUUCGCUUUCGACGUUGGUGAAGAGAAACUUAAGCCAUUUCCACAACCGAAUGGGUUGUAUCUGCGGUAUAACUAUACUUCUCUGGCAGUUUUUAGGGAAUGCCUUAGUAUUUUCCAAAUUUCCAGCUCCUCUCAGGUGGAUAUCUGGUUGAUGAAGGAAUAUGGUGAGUUGGGAUCAUGGACUAAGGAGAUUACCGUUAAUUGCAGUCACCUUCCUGCUGUCCUGCCUCAGCUGUAUUAUCCUAUUGUGUUCUGGAGGGGUAAUGAACUGCUGUUGUGUGGUGGUUAUGGGGUCCUGUAUUCAUGUGAUACUGAAACUAUGAUGGCAACCAAAGUUAGAGCAACCGUUGAUCGCAAUGUGCGUGGUUACGCGAUUCCUUUUGUUCCAUGCUUCCUUUCUUUCAAGGAUUUCAUAAAGGGAUUUGAUGGGGAGCCAAAAGUCCUGAAGGAGAAAUGAAGCCAAUCUGUUAUCACAGACUAGCCUACAUGCAUUUUGGUCUAAAUUUCUGUAGGUUACCAAGUGCAGCAAUCAAUCUUUUGUGCGUUUUCACUUUGCACAAUGUAGUAGUACUAUUUCAUUUCAGAUUCUGAUUACGCAACUACUUGUUUUGUGAGUUGGAGGAGCAAUUAACUUGUGCUUUCCGACAAACAGUGUUUGUGACGAGCUUAGUGAUAGUUACUGUUGUGUUGAUGUUGCAGUGAAAGUUCUUGUAUCAGUUCAUUUUGGUAUACACUUUCUAGUUUUGCAAAGCUCAAAAGCGGCCACUAGAGAAGUAGUAGUACAUAAUUGGCAUUGAAAUAGGUAAAAGGCAAGCAUUCAGAGAACAAAGAUCCGAUUACAUCACUCAUCCAUUGCACAGAAUCAAACAGAAGAAGUGAGAAAAACUAAUCUCUCACAAAGAAUACACUGUUUUUAACCUUAUUUCAUUCGUCCAUAUCUUUAUUCUUGCACACACUCUAAACGCAGGAAACAACAAAACACUCCAAAAGGAAACGUUGACAAGGUAAAGCUUUCACUUGAGAUGCAUCAUUGACUGAUCACACAUUUCAGAUUUCUUUAACAACGUUUGGUGCAAAAACAUCUGCGACGGAAUCCCCUGCACCUUCCACCAUUGAAGCCUUCAGUUUGGCAAACAGCAGCACAGUUGCUUGCCCUUACACAUGGCCCUUUGAAGCGGUGGCUCUCAGAUUCGCAUGUUCUGGCCUCAGCAACAGUUAUUGGACCUAUAUAUGAACGUGGCCAACAAUUUGUUAAAAGAAGUAUACCGUGAAAUUCUUAUUUAUCGUGUAACAAUCGUGUCAUCUAUAUGUUAAAGUGACUCGUUACAAACACAAAAUGCAAAAAUAAGCCCUUGAAAAGCUAAAUGAGGAGAAUUACCAGAGGCCAUGAAAAGAGCCAAAAGGAGGAAAAUUGCUACGAAUAAGCCCUUGAAACUCCUCAUCUUGAGUCUCUCAGACAAAGAGUGAUGAAUUGCCCGGAUGGAUCAUUCUUUCCUUGGGAGAUCACUAUUUAUAAUGUCCAAAUCUAUUACGAUAAUGCAAAAUAAUAGUCUUUCCCACUCACUUUGGAUGGAACGAUCGAGACAAAGUGACCACAGGGCUACCUUUAGAAUACUAGUAGGAAGUAGUAACUUUUGUAGAAUUUCAAUUUUCAUUCAAAAAAUAUGAUUUUUUUUAGAAGGGAGCCCCAAGUAUCUCCAAAAUACUUCUACUCUGAGGACAUCAUUUUC